CGACCACAGCUUCAACUCGCCAUGGAUGAAGAUCCAUUUGACGCAUCUGUAUGGAGCACCAGCGCAGCCAGCACAUCUAAACCACCUAUAUCAACAGCGUCUGUAGAAGAAUCUCACGCCGAAUUUGCACCUGCCGGUCAGGAAGACGCUUUUGACGACGACUUUGACGACUUCGGCGCGCCUGCUGCGCCUGCGCUUGAGGGCGAGACAGCGAGUUUUGCGGAUGACUUUGGAGACUUUGGAGAGACGAUUGAGGCAGAAUCUGUCACAUUUGUGCAGACGGAGCAGCCUGAGCCGUCACCGCUGUCCGCCUCAACAGAAGAGUACCAUGCGAUUGUGCUUGAUCCUAUGCCGAGCCGGGAGGAGCUCGAGCGUCAGAUCGAUGCCCUCAUAGCCCCGAUAUUCCCUAUCGAUACUGGUCAGUUCACGGACGAACCCGUGCGCGAGGUAGCAGGACUAGGUCAGAUGCUGAUUACCCAGCAGAGUCGAGACCUUUAUCGUACUCUCACUGAGAUACCGCCGGACAUGACACGGCUUGUCAAUUGGACCAGAUCACGAAUAAGAAGGGAACAACUCAUUGCACUUGGUGUUCCGGUCAACCUGGAUGAGGUGUUACCCACAUCAAACGCCAAACCAUUACCCCCAUUGCAUAUAACCACCUCCCCCGCUGCUCGACCUGCUUCGGCACCCCCCGGAAGACCCGCGACCCCAGCCGGACUAGCGUCCCGGGCUGCUACACCAGUCGGUGGUGGUCGAACACCGAGAAGUGGUCCACCUCCUCUCGGCCCUGCACCCAAAGUUGAUAUGGCCAAAGCUGAGGAUGUCCUUCGUGCCACAGAAUCACAAAUGUCCAUUCUUCCGCUGAUGGCUGUUGAAUCGCAGCUCGCAGAUAUCCGCACUGUGACGGAACAAGCGAAUGCCCUGCUGGCCCAUCUUCUACAGAGCCGCGACGUUCUCCAGCAAGACUCCGAAACAUACAACCGGCUGAUUGCAGAGCUGGUAGGCGAGGCACAAAAGGCCAAGAUGCCAGCGAGUCGCUGGGGACGAAGAAGGGAAAAGUCAUCUUCGACGAUGUCUGGUUCGUAGAGACGUGGGAUGUUUGUAUCUUUAUUGUGCAAUCAUGAUUAUUACAACAUGG